UGAUGUGCGCGUGUGCAAAUGUUUCCGGUUAUGCUUAGCUACACUCAAUUAGCAAAUAUAUUGUUAUUUACUGUUAAAGUACUGUACUGUUAUACUGUUGUCUUAAAAAAUAAUACGCGUAAUAAAUGUAUAUAAGUUGUUAACAUGUUCAUUAUGUUUUGACUCAGGAAGCCAAACGACAGCUAAACGGAAGUGGAAUCUGUGGAAAGGUUGUCGUCUUUGCCCUACCUGAGCAGACCUUCAAGACCUGGGUGAUGAAUUCCUCCACAUCUGUCCGCUCCAGGGAAGCUUGAACGGAAGCCAAGAGCAGUGGAAAGAACCCGGCCAGGGAGGAUGCAGUGUGCGUUUUUAUCCAGGUCCUGGAGGAGGCGAGCCAGGAUGGGAGGAGCAGGGACAGGCCAGCCUGACAGGAGGAGGAGCUGCCACGGUGAAAGUGGAGCAGAAGGGGCGUGUCCUUGCGGGCCCACGUCAUCGUGGACUCUGAACAGGUCGUCGCCUCAGACUGAGAUGCUGCAGCCAGGCGGCGGAGGACGAUGCGGAGGAUGUGAGGAGCAGAUGACUUGUCGCACGUGAGGCUGCUCACCAGGGAUGAGUUGGCUCCUCUUGUGGAUUCUCACUGCAGUCGGGAUUCGACAGGCCAUCUCCCAGAAUUCCACUGCCAUGGCGCCGGCCUCCACGGCCCCGCCCCCGUCGGUGGAGCCGUACAACCGCACCCAGUACUGCAAGUGGCCCUGCCAGUGUCCCGCUCGGCCCCCCGCCUGCCCGCCGGGCGUUAGCCUCCUGACGGACGGCUGCGACUGCUGCAAGGCCUGCGCCCGGCAGGUGGGCGAGGCGUGCAACGAGGCGGACACGUGCGACCACCACAAGGGCCUGUACUGCGACUACAGCUCGGACAAGCCGAGGUACGAAAAAGGAGUGUGUGCAUACAUGGUGGGCACGGGUUGCGAGCACGACGGCGUCAUCUACCGCAACGGCCAGAGCUUCCAGCCCAGCUGCAAGUACCAGUGCGUUUGCGUCAACGGCGCCAUCGGCUGCGUGCCGCUCUGCACCGAGUCCCGGCCCCCUCGCGUCUGGUGCCAGAGCCCGCGCCGGGUCAAGGUACGCGGCCGGUGCUGCGAGCAGUGGAUCUGCGACGAGCCCAGGAGGGGGCGCAAGACGGCGCCGCGGCACGCCGUGGAAGCCGCCCCGGCUGAGCUGAGCGGCUGGCACAAGAACUGCGUGAGCCAGACCACCUCGUGGAGCCCCUGCUCCAAGACGUGCGGGCGCGGCCUGUCGCUGAGGGUCUCCAACGCCAACGAGCGCUGCGAGCCGGUCAAGGAGUCGCGGCUAUGCAACCUGAGGCCGUGUGAGGUGGACAUCGUCAAGCACAUCAAGCCCGGCAAGAAGUGCUUGAACAUCUACCGCCAGGAGCAGCCGUCCAACCUGACCAUCUCGGGCUGCACCAGCAGGAAGCGGUACCGGCCCAAGUUCUGCGGCGUGUGCACGGACGAGCGCUGCUGCAUCCCCUACAAGUCCAAGACGGUGGACGUGGACUUCCUGUGCCCCGACGGCUCGGCCCUCACCUGGAAGAUGAUGUGGGUGCAGGCCUGCUUCUGCAACCUCAGCUGCAGGAACCCCAACGACAUCUUUGCCGAGCUGGAGAGUUACUACGGCUACCCGGAGGUCGUCAAUUGACCCCUGACCUCAUUCUUCUACUCCGUGCGUCCUUUCCUCUUCUGCACCUUUUUCCUUUAGCCGGUUCCACGUGGACUUAUCAAGACUAAAUGCUAAGUGUCCUUACUCUUUUUUUUUUUUACCCUUUACAGGACUUGGAAAUAACCCUCCAAAAUAUAUAUUCUAUAUAUUUAAAACUGUUUUUUUCUGUA